ACGAAGAAGAAGGAGCGGCACUCUUAUGACAUGAAGUAUCGAAGAAAUGUCAGUUGGGCCCAGUUAAAUUUGUUCUAAAUAAUUUCUUUUCGAUAGACAUUCAGGAUGAUAGCGGCCGCGGCAACGAAUGUCAUGUUUCGUAGGAACAGAUCUAUGAAUCUUCUGUGCAAAGCACUCCGACCGCCUGCAUCGUUCCAUUUGGUAUCGCCCCGAAGUUUGCACAUUUCAACUUGCAGUCCAGUAAUUACCAGAAGCCUACUGCGGACGAAUAGGACAUCGAAUAAAUGUGGGUUCUUAAGCAUAACUUCGCUUCGAUACGCCAGCCAGGAUUCGACGACCCCGGAACUAGUGAACCUUAGCGAAAUCCCUGCCCCUCCGAGUAUCCCCACAGAAACAAUCACAGAACAGCUGUUAGCAAACGGUGAACAAUCGCUUGCUUCCUUGGGUCUCGGAGGAUGGUCACCAGUUGGAAUACUUCAACAAAGUUUGGAAUUCCUGCACGUUUCCUUCGAUCUGCCCUGGUGGGGUGCUAUCGCGAUAGGAACGGUUGCUGUCCGACUUAUCCUCUUUCCACUAGUUAUAGUUUCACAAAGGAAUGCGGCUAAAAUGAAUAACAAUUUGCCUCAACUGCAAGUUCUGCAGAUGAAAAUGACAGAGGCCCGGCAGUCUGGGAACCAAAUAGAAUCCGCACGAUACGCCCAGGAGAUGGUCCAGUUCAUGAAGGAGAAGGAGCUGAACCCACUGAAGAACAUGCUGGUUCCAUUGGCACAGGCUCCCUUGUUCAUAUCGUUUUUCGUAGGCUUAAGGCGGAUGGCGAAUGCGCCAGUGGAAUCAAUGCGUGAAGGAGGGUUGUGGUGGUUCACUGAUUUGACGGUAGCCGAUCCUUACUUCUUGCUUCCUUUGAUUACAAGCGCGACGUUGUAUCUGACGAUUGAGAUCGGCACGGAUAGUGCGCGACUGACGGCACAGAAUAUGCACCUCAUGAAGUAUUUUCUGCGUGCGUUGCCCGUCAUAAUCUUCCCGUUUACAAUGAAUUUCCCCGGCGCUAUCCUGUGCUAUUGGGCCUGCAGCAAUUUUAUAUCGCUUGGGCAGGUGGCGUUUCUGAGGAUACCGGCGGUGAGACAGUACUUCAAAAUCGAUAAAAUGAUCGUGCACAAAAAAGAAAAUCUGCCAAAUCAGAAGAAGGGAUUCGUAACUGGAAUCAAGGAUUCCUGGAGCAAUAUGAAGAUCACUCGAGAAUUGGAAGAGCGGCAACGAGUGGAUGAGAUGCGGUUUGCCAAGGCUGGCAAAGGCCCCCUCGUGAAGACCUACAAAUACGACCCAACGAAAUCGAGUCCUCCGAACACGGUGCAAGCGAAGAAGUCGUAGCGUUAGUCGUUAAAGUGUUUAUUACUUUACUAAAUGAGUGUUACGUACAAUAAACAAAGCUAAGUGAGAAAAUA